AUGGUGUGGAGGAAGCCGCAGUUCGUUCUGUCGGACGAAGAUCACGUGGCAAGUGGUUUGGGGGAACACCUACUGGGCCCAGGAGAUGAGUAUGACAUCAACCUGCGUGUCCGCUCCAUACGCGGAUACACCCGCCACUUUGUCCCGGUCAUCUUCCACUUCUGUCGCCGCCUGGACAACAAGAACUUCCACAUCGCCAGGUUCCUGUCUGCCGGGAUAAAUGACGAGCUCCUCCGCGCCCUGGCGCCCGCCCAGCCCUACACGCCUCCGCCGAGGGUCUACCGGGUCGUGCGGGGAACUCAGGAGCUCGAAGGAGUGAAACCCGACCCUCCACAGAGAGACGGGUUAGUGAUGGAACGUGUCGGCUAUUAUAACAUCCCGUCUGACCUUCGCUGGCAGCUGAGGGGACGAGGGUCAGACAUGUUAAGCGGAGAGCUGUCCGGUGCUCUGACGUUCGCGGGUUACAGCGGCAGGUUCGGCAAACUACUGCACACGGAGGAGAUUCAGAUGGAGGUGGACAUCCAGCGGUACAACAUGGACGACGUGCCGCUGCAGAAGGACAACAAUCCGAGGCUCCUUCGACUCAGGGUACUACAUUUCAGAUGUUGA